CAAAGCUUGGAACCCAGAGAUCGGGAAGACUAUGCCAAAGUGAAGGCCGCCAUUUUGAGAGAGGAAGCCAUCAAGAUGGAGGCGCAACGCCAACACUUCAGACAGUUCUGCUGCCAGGAGAUGGAAGACCCCCGGAGGAUCCACAGCCGGCUCCAGGAGCUUUGCCACCAGUGGCUGAGGCCGGAGAGACACACCAAGGAGCAGAUCCUGGAACUUCUGAUCCUGGAACAGUUCCUGGCUAGUCUCCCAUCGGACCUCCAGAGCUGGAUCCGGGCAGGAGGACCGGACACCUGUUCCCAGGCGGUGGCCCUGAUGGAGGACUUCCUGUUGAACCAGCAGGAGGACGAGACAAGGAAAUGGCAGGAGGUGUGCCUAGGUUCUCUAGAAGUGGAGGAGGAAGAGGAUCCUGGAGACGGGCAGAUCUACAAAGAAGACGAGCUGAACAGCGGUGGGGAGACCGGUUUGCUAGACAGUGGAAUUAAAUGCCCGAGUCAUGCUAGUUCGUUGCUUUCUCUGGAAGGACCAGAAACGAGUGAAGCCGAACAAAAUGAAGGGUCAGUGAGCCUCCAAAAGACAGGCGUUCCUCUGCAGACCAUGGGGCAGGGCUUGAUCCAGCCGGGACAACGGACUAUAUUCUGGCAAGUCCUGCAGGAGGAGAACGGCAACAUGGAUUGUCUGGGGGUCAAGAACAGAAACUGGAUCAAAAUGGAAACCUCUUUGUGUGGAGGAAGCGGUCCAGAGGAGACAUCCAGGACAGUGGCCCAGAUAAACACAGAGAAUGGGUCAAUGGAGGAUGACGUGCAGAAGGAAGGAUAUGAUCUUACAAUGGCUGUGGAGAAGAACCACACCGUGCACAGUGAAGGGGGAAAGGUCUUGCUGUCCAAGCAUGGACAAAAAUGCGGCUAUAAAUCAGGAUUUGUUGAGAUGCACGGGAAAUCCUGCACGUGUCCCUCUUUGGAGGAGAAGGUCCAGCAAACACGUUACUCGGAUAAACAUCAGAAGAUCCGUUCGGCCGAGCAAGAAGCUGAAGCCUUAGAGGCGAGGAAAGAGAUCCUGGGAGAUGAUUUGAUGGGGUACCCGAAAAAUCAACCGGACGAGGAACUUCUUGAGCACUUAGAGGAUGGGACAGAUGGUCAUAACCGGAAGGCGGUAAAGAGAGAUCAAGGCAUGCAGACGGAAGGGAGGCGGUAUCAGUGCGCCCAGUGUGGAAAAUUCUUUCGACACAGACAAACCUUGACAAAACACCAGAAGAUCCACACGGGCGAGAAGCUGCACGAAUGCCUGGCCUGUGGGAAGGGCUUCACCUCGCGAGAACCUCUGCUGAGACAUCAGCGGAUCCACACGGGAGAGAAACCCUACGAAUGUUCCCAGUGCGGGAAAUGUUUUCGGCAGAGAGUCCACUUAAUGUGCCAUCAGAAAACCCACACGGGAGAAAAACCCUUCAAGUGUCCCGAAUGUGGGAGAAAUUUCUCUCGGAGGGAUAAACUGAUCAGGCAUCAGCGCAUCCACAGAGGCCAGCGGUCUUACGCCCACACCGAACACGGGAAGAGUUUUGAUCCGAAGGCGGCCAUGCUCAAACAUCAGAGUCUGUUUGAAGGCCAGUGACAGACUUUCGGCUUCA